AUGGAUAAAAGUUCAGUUUUCGAAUCUGCCGACGGAGACGUGUGCGAGCAGAUGGACAAAGUCAACCUCAACAAUAACUACCAAGGUAAGUAAUGCUUCAAAUUCAAAAUUGCCAAACGUUUUCUUUCCAGAAGCUCCUCCAAAUGGAAAUCUACUCAAGGCUCUUUUGGAAUCCGCGCAGAUCGAUCCACGUGUGCUGAAGGGCAUUCAUCGCUUUCUUUCCGCCAAUCCGUCUGAAAACUCCAUCCAUUUUGUUGAAGUAUGGAAGCGCGUGUACUACCCAUUCAAACAGUCGCUUCUCUUCCAUUUGGUCGACACGUACUACGACAAGGUAUCGAGCGGGCGCUUCGAAUCGUAUAUAAACACGCAAAGAGGUACGAUUAGCAAUAGGUGGAACACAUAAUUAUCUGAAAUAAUCCAGACAACUACUCGGACGCCAGACAAGAACUGCAAAGGUUGAUCGAGGAACACGAAAAGGUCAGUGAGACUUAGAAUAUGUUGUAUACUCGCAGUUAGGGUAACGUCAUUGCCAAAAUUCAACUUUUAGGAGUACAUCGCCAGUGGUUGCUUACGAGUAUCUUCACUCGAAAAAAUGAUCUCCCUCCUUAUCGCGCGUGACGUCAUGCCACUGAAUUUCUACCUGAUCUUCAACUUUGCAUGCUCCGGCGUCAGCGAAAUCAGCUGUCUCAAGGCUCAACUGUUGGAAUCAAUCAUGGACCUGCAUCUCGUCGGAUAUGAUCCCGAGACCGAUCAGCGAUUGUUCAAUUUAUAA